UCUCACACUCCGGACCACAUCAUAACCUUUGAGAGGUGGCGAAACGGCACCGACUUCUCCUUCGUUUAGCAGAGGCGACAAGGCGCACACCGGGGGCCCCAAUGGAGAAAUCCAAAAACUUUCGCAUUGACGCGCUUUUAGCAGUCGAUACACCCAAAGUGCAGACUUCUCCGCUUGCGCUUGUGACUUCCCUGUCGUCGUCCUCCUCCUCCUCUUCCAUCCCGACGUCUGGAAGUGCGGCAGUCCCGGAGUUGCCGACCAGCGGCGAGUCUUUACGCACCGAGACACCGUCUCCGCCGAGGAUUUCCACCUGCGGCUUGAUUCCUAAACCGGGUUUCCUCAACAGUCCGCACAGUAUGAUUGGAUUACAUCCGCAGAGUACCGCAGGGAUCCCCGCACAGGCUCUCUACGGCCACCCCAUGUACACCUACUCCACAGCCGCCCUCACAGGCCAACACCCUGCCCUGUCCUACCCCUACCCACACGGCUCCCAUCACCACCACACCAGUGAUCCCAUCAAACUGACAGCCAGCACCUUCCAGCUGGACCACUGGCUGCGGGUCUCCACAGCCGGGAUGAUGCUGCCCAAAAUGUCUGACUUUAAUUCUCAGGCGCAGUCCAACCUGCUUGGCAAGUGCAGAAGACCAAGAACUGCAUUCACGAGUCAGCAGCUGCUGGAGCUGGAGCAUCAGUUCAAACUGAAUAAAUAUCUGUCACGACCGAAACGAUUUGAAGUGGCGACGUCCCUCAUGCUGACGGAAACUCAGGUUAAAAUCUGGUUCCAGAACAGACGUAUGAAGUGGAAGAGAAGUAAGAAGGCCAAAGAGCAAGCCGCCCAGGAGGCCGAGAAGCAGAAAUGCAACAAGAACGGCCAAGAGAAAUCGGACGCACUCGAACAGUCGGAUUAUCACAGCAAGACAGACUCAAAAAAUGUCAGGAUAAGAGACUUUAGGGACAGUGACGACGAUGAGGGCGACAAUUUCCUGUACAACUCUUCAGACUGCUCUUCAGACGACGAGAGGAAUCACACCAGUGACACAAGUCCGCAACCCUGAAGCUGAAGAAAAUGAAGAAGAAGAAGAAGAAGAAGAAGAAGGCCGAAGGUGGCGAUCUCCAUUUAUAAUGACUGUGGGGGAUUUUCGCUAUAAAAAAAAUGCAUUUGCAUGUAAUCCAACCUUUUAUCACCUACGUGGAAAUAAUCAGCAUUUUUGUUACGAAAAAAAAUAAAAAUUUAGGUCAAGUAUAGAUGAUGCUCAUGUCAUACUAAACCAGCAAUAAAGCAGGAGAUUGUAUUAGAGCAGCAUUCAGCAGUCGGCUAUGGGUAAACUGUGACAUUUGCAUGGUUUAUAUGCAAAACGCUGUAAACUGGCUCAGGACUUUGCAAUCUUUACCUGCUCUGAUGGUUAGUUUGUCAGCAAUAAUCAGAUAUCAUAUAGCGCCCUCUAAAUAGUCUGCUUAUGUUGGCCUUAUUGUGGUGUUAUACUUCCGUACUGUGUCAUAUCACGCUGGAAAUAAAUGUUAUGUUUAUUUUUCUAUACUGUAUUUAUAAAAUGGUCAUA